AUGGAGAUACCACCAGGAUUCGGUACAGAUCAGACGGUGGGAAAGGUCUGCAGAUUAAAGAAGUCUCUCUAUGGCUUGAAGCAAUCUCCUCGUGCUUGGUUUGACAGAUUCAGGCGGGCUAUGAUAGUGAGCAUGGUGAGUCGUUACAUGCACGAUCCGAGGAAGGGUCAUAUGGACGCUGUGUACCAGAUUCUGAGAUAUUUAAAGAGUGCCCCCGGAAAUGGACUGAUAUUCAGGAAGAAUGGACAUGUGAGCAUCGAGGGUUAUUGCGACUCUGAUUGGGCUAGCUGUGCUGAUGACAGGAGAUCCACCUCAGGAUAUUGUAUCUUUGUAGGAGGCAACUUGGUCUCGUGGAAGAGCAAGAAGCAAUCGGUGGUAGCGAGAUCAACAGCUGAAGCAGAGUAUAGAGCCAUGGCCUUAGGAGUUACAGAGUUGUUGUGGUUAAAGAAUGGAGGAGAGGAUGAGGAUAAGUACAAAUAUAAUGAAUUGGGAGCUUCCUCUUAA